AGAAAUAGAUAAACAAACAAUUAAACAGUAUUCAGAUGUUCCGCCAGAUGAUAUUAUACGUUAUGCAGCGUAUGCAUGUCGAAUAGAAAAUCAAGAUGCUAUGCCAACUGUCUUAUCUGUAACACUUGCUAUUGGCGCACAACAAUUAUCUCAACAUAAAGCAAUUGUAACACAUAUAACAGCUAUUGAAGAAUUGGCUGCUGUAUCAAUACUUUGUUCAGAUAAAACUGGUACAUUAACAUUAAAUAAAUUAGAAAUAGAUAAACAAACAAUUAAACAGUAUUCAGAUGUUCCGCCAGAUGAUAUUAUACGUUAUGCAGCGUAUGCAUGUCGAAUAGAAAAUCAAGAUGCUAUGUAA